AUGACGCCUACUCCUACUCAUGAGGAUAGACCGAAGGCAGAGUCGGACAAUGCGCGGCAGUCCGACGGGUUAAUUACUGAACAGACUACUACGAUCGUACAGGAAGCCUCCGCUGCCGACCCUGGAUUAGAAAAUGGUACUAUCGAUAUUAAAGACGAGGACUCCGCUCUGAGGAACCUUACAGCAGGCGUGCGCGAUCAGGAUGACCUCGAGCGAGAUAUUACCUUCAAAGCGAACCUUGCCUUGAUCGAGGCUGAAGAUAAGCGAGACGAAAAACGUAUAGAGAAGGUGCAGGCCACUAUACAAAAGCUCAAUGCCCAGAAGAAGACGCAAGAGGAGCAGUUCCGGAAAGCAAUUGGUAGACCUAAACUAAAGCAGACUCUACGAGAGAAAAUCGCACGAAUAGACGCAGAAAUUGAACUAGCAAAUAAAGACAUAGUAGAUUUCCGCGCUCGCAUCGAGGGACGACAUCAAGAUAAUGAACAUGCCGAACACAUUCAGGGUGGGAACAAGAAGUUGCCCAAUGAGACUCACCGUGAAUUUUUAAUCCGUACCGGGAAAAUCACGCCCUUUGCGAAUUUCGGGGGACCUCGACCUCAGGGAGUUGAGGGAGAAUUAGCGGACGCUUUGAUCGACGCAGAGGACGAGGCUGCGGCAGAGCAGUUGGAGGAGCAAGAUGGUUAUGAGCCACAAUCUCACCAAAAUCUACGUGCGCCUGGGUUUGACGAGAAUCCCAGUUUAGCCAUAGCAGCGGCAGAGACCGAAUUCUCGUUGCGCCCACGAAAGAAGCGAAGAGUGCAGCGUGAUGUCGUAUCAUCGGAUGAAUUUGCACCGCAUGCUUCUUCUGAUGCGCUCGAUGCGGAUUCUAUUGUUGGCCAGGAGUCGGAAGACUCCGAGCUCGAACGACCUCGUAAAAAGUCUAAGAAGGUAGCAAAGGACGACGGUAAGGUAGAUCUCAGUCAGAUUGACGAUGGAAACGAGGCUAGUUAUCAGGCUCGACUUGCAGACUGGGUGGACAGGCGUGGCAAAGCCAGACGCCAAAGGCGACAAGAAAGAAAGGAAGAAGGACAUGAUGAAGUUGAUAGCGGAGAUGAAGAAGAGUGGUUCAAACCUUCUCCAGACCAUACCGACCAUCACUUCGAAAACGACUUAAAGUUACCCGGCGAUAUAUACCCUGCUCUGUUUGACUAUCAGAAGACCGGGGUGAAGUGGCUAGCCGAGCUUUAUUACCAAAAAGUAGGGGGCAUUGUUGGUGACGAGAUGGGCCUCGGAAAGACUAUCCAACUCAUCUCAUUUGUCGCCACUCUGCAUCAUAGCAAGCAGCUUGACAAACCAGUCAUCGUUGUGGCACCAGCUACUGUCUUGAGACAGUGGGUAAACGAAUUCCAUCGCUGGUGGCCUCCCCUCCGCGUGUCAAUUCUCCAUUCGUCUGGUAGUGGUAUGCUCAAUAUGAGAGCUGAGGGUAAGAUUGAAGAUGAAGAAGAGAUGUGGGAUGAAAGAGAAAACAAGGGGGUUAACAAAGCUGCCAAGAAGAUUGUGGAUCGAGUGGUCAAACAGGGUCAUGUUCUAGUCACCACCUACGCCGGCUUGCAGACGUACGGACGGAUCCUAACCCCUAUCGAAUGGGGCUACGCAGUCUUAGACGAAGGCCACAAGAUCCGAAAUCCAAAUAGCGCGGUCACGGUAUAUUGCAAGGAGUUGCGGACGCCAAAUCGAGUCAUUCUUUCCGGUACUCCGAUGCAAAACAAUCUCAUGGAAUUGUGGUCAUUGUUUGACUUUAUCUUCCCAAUGCGACUAGGGACGCUUGUUGAUUUCCGUAACCAGUUCGAAAUACCUAUACGAUUAGGAGGCUAUGCAAAUGCUACAAAUCUCCAAAUCAUGACAGCUCAGAAAUGUGCCGAAAUAUUGAAGGACACAAUAAGCCCAUUUCUACUUCAACGAUUGAAAGUCGAUGUUGCAGCCGAUCUCCCGAAAAAGAAGGAACAGGUUCUUUUUUGUAACCUUACAAGACCUCAGCGUGAUGCCUACGAGUUCUUCCUCCAGUCAAAAGAAAUGGGCGCUAUUCUUGUCGGAUCAAGGAAUUCACUUUAUGGAAUUGACGUCCUCCGAAAGAUUUGCAACCACCCUGACCUAGUUGAUCCUGGAUUAAAGAUAAAAGAAGGCUACGAAUGGGGAGUCUCUAAGAAAUCCGGCAAGAUGCAGAUUGUAGAAGCGCUUCUCCAAAUGUGGAAACGAUUCGGACAUAAGACUCUUCUAUUCAGUCAAGGUAUUCAAAUGCUUGAUAUCCUUGAGGCAUUUGUAAGGCGCCUAGGGUAUAUCAAUUACCUGCGAAUGGAUGGUGGCACUGCUAUUAAAGAUAGACAGAGCCUCGUUGACCAAUUUAAUAAUACCCCAGAAAUUGAUCUCUUUUUACUAACCACAAAGGUUGGCGGCUUAGGAGUGAACUUGACUGGCGCAAAUCGGGUUAUUAUCUUUGACCCCGAUUGGAAUCCUUCAACAGAUGUUCAGGCUCGGGAGCGAGCAUGGCGUCUUGGUCAGAAGAAAGAGGUUACAAUCUACCGACUCAUGACUGCUGGUACGAUCGAAGAGAAGAUGUACCAUCGCCAGAUCUUCAAACAAUUCUUAAGCAACAAGGUAUUAAAAGACCCGAAACAGCGUACUACUUUCCAGCUCCAGGAUCUCCAUGACCUCUUUACGCUAGGGUCUUCUGGAGAUAAGGUGACAGAAACAGGGAAGUUAUUCGAAGGCUCGGAAGUUCAGUUUAAUAAUACUUCAACUAAAGAUGGCCCGAGUCAGAAGGCUAGCGAGGCAGCAGAGCCUAUGGAGAUACAAAGUAAAUCAGCUAUUGAAGACGGUGAUCGUGAUCUCCAUUCUAUAGCAGGUGUAGCUGCUCUCGAGGACUAUGAGCCUGACCCCGAUACAAAGCCGGCGCCGACAGAGGAAGACCGGAUCAUGGAAGGUCUUUUUGCCCGCUCUGGUGUACAUUCGGCACUCGAACAUGAUAAAAUAGUCAACGGUAAGAAACAAUUGAGAGCCGACCCAAGAUUACUUCAGCAAGAAGCAGAUCGCGUGGCGGCACAGGCAGCUGCAUCCCUUCGACGAGCAGGUGAGCAGACGCACUCGGUGCCUAUUGGCACUGUUACCUGGACCGGUGAAGUAGGCGAGGCCGGUAGACCAUCUAACAUCCGUAGGGGUCGCGGCGGCCCCGGUUCAGCUAGUAUAUUAGCCGGAUUAGCUGAUAGGCAAGGACUGAGCUCACCCGCAGGUAGUUCUCGCUCAGGAUCAGCAACGCCCACACCAGCCAGAGGAACAAACUUAGGGGCUAAAGAUUUCGCGAAGAUGAUUCCGGAAUUCAUCAAAGCCCACGGAGGCAAGGUCCCCACGAAACUACUGGUUGAUCAUUUCAACCAAUUUUGUAUUACGAAGAAGCAGUCUGGCGACUUCAAGACCGCCCUGGACCGGGUUGCUCAGAUGGAGAAAAGGGGGUCUACUAUGAGGGGUAUCUGGGCCCUGAAACCAGGACACUGA